AUGCGCAUUUCGUGUAAAGAUAAAAAUCUAACAUAUCACAUUGAAAAUCAAGCGUUAAAUGCUUCAUAUAUAAGUCCUAUGAUUAAAAAUAAUUUUAUAAAUAUAUGUGGAAAAAUUAUACAGGACCAGUUAGUUAACAAAAUUAAUCAGGCAAAAUGUUUUUCUGUAUUAGUCGACGAGUUAACUACUGACGUAUCGCGUGUUGAACAGCUGUCAUUGUGUGUACGUUAUUUAGAAAAUAAUUUAAAUAUUAAAAAAAAUGAAAUCAACAAUUAUGUAUUGAAAGAAGACUUCUUACAAUUUGUACCGGUAAAUUAUACCACUGGUCAAAAUUUGGCCACAGUAAUUCUAGUUACUUUAAAAAAUCUUGGUAUAAAAUGUGACUAUUUACUUGGCCAAGGCUAUGAUGACGCCACAGCCAUGAGUGGUAAUUUUAAAGGAGUACAGUCUGUUAUAAGAGAAGUACAUCCCGCUGCACUUUAUGUCCACUGUAGUGCACAUUCGUUAAAUUUAGCACUUACUCAUUCGUCAAACAUUCACCAUAUUCGAAAUUGUAUUGGAACAAUAAAAUCUGUAGGAAAUUUUAUUAAAAUAUCGGCUAAAUGA